AUGCUUGGUAUCAGACUGGCAUCGCCUGAAUCGAACGUCGUUGCGGAAGCAGGAGGAACCGUUUCAGUUCGGCGACCAUUGAGCGAGCAAAGGAAAGCCGUGGCAGAUGACCAGAGCUCGUCCACAUCCACGGGUCGCCCAGCCGCAUCUCAAGCCUUCGACGACGUUCGCAGGCCGAUGGGACUGAAGAAGACCCGUCUCUUGAAAGUCAGCGAUACAAUCGGCGUCCUGUUCGGGAAAGCACCAGAGUUCUCAAACAUCAUGAGAUGCUUCGCCAGGGCCAGUGCGUCGGCUGCUGGACUCGAUGGCGUACCGGACGCAAAGUCGGAUGUCAAGGAGAUUGGCGUCCUGCUUAGCCAACACAAACAGCUGUCCAGAAGUGCAAAGGCGAGUCGUCCGAGCCGGGCGGCCUUUGGCGAAGUCGUUCUUGAAAUGCCAGAUCGUCAUACAGCAGAUCGAAUGAUGGAUCUGUACUUCGGAUUCUUCGAAUCAGUCCAUCGUAUUCUCCACGAGCAUAGCUAUAGAGUCGAUGCGGCUGCCUUUUGGACGAAUCCCAUCAGCGCUUCCAUCAAACAGCGUCUGCUCGUCGUGUUGGUAACCGCCAUUGGCUCUUCUGUUGCUUCAAAUCGCAUCAAACAUUCCGCAAUCGAGAGCUGGAUCCAUGCAUCAGAAAUCUGGCUAGCAGGCCCGCUGGAGAAAGAUCGUCUGGACAUGAUGGCGAUACAGAUACACUGCCUGACACUGCUGGCUCGCUUGGUGAACUGCGUAGGUUCAGAUUUGAUGUGGGUGUCGGGUGGUGCUCUGCUCCAGAAAGCAAUGCAGAUCGGUCUGCAUCGAGACCCCAGACAUCUUCCGUCGAUGUCCGAACAUGCGGCAGAGUUGAGGCGUCGGCUGUGGGCAACGAUUAUCGAGUUCGCUCUAUCAAGUUCCCUCGACUCGGCAAUGCCGGUCAGGCUCAGGCUGAAGGACUUUGACACCGAGCUGCCGCAUGACUCCACAGACGAAGAGAUGCUCAAUGACAACAGCGCCUCGGUAGACCCAGCAAGCAGCACCACACGUAGUCCAAAUGCCCAGAUCCUUCUGGCGAGAUCUUUCCCGCUCCGCUUACAGGUCGUCAACCUGAUCAACGACUUCCGCGUCGAUGUAAGAUACGAGGAAGCCAUCGACUUCACCCAGAAGAUCCUUGAGGAAUGCCGCACUCUGGCGACGGCACCUGCAUUGCUGUCCCAUGAACGCUCGCUACUCGAUCUCCACGUCAGGCGACUGCUGCUUGCCUUGAAUGCCCAAUUCGCUGUCCAAGCGCGCGCCGACCCUAUAUACCAUUACUCCCAAUUUGUUGUCAUGGAGACUGCCCUUGCCUUCAUGACGCCUGAGCCAGACGAGGCAUAUUCGCGUCUGUUGGACGUGGGCGGUGGCAUGUUCCGUGAAAGCAUCCGGAUGGCCUCGACUCUGCUUUCCUUGCAACUGCUCUCAGAGACACGCGCACAUCUGCGCGAUGGCAUCCUGGAACGCAGCGGACCAAGAAGAGAACCUUGGAAAACGGCCUUGACAAGCCUCAGCAGUCUUACACGCAGCCGAAUCCAGCAGGGCGAGACCAAUGUAAAGAACUACAUGUUCUUAGCCAUGGUGCUGGCAGAGGUGUCUGCUCUGGAGGAAGGUCGAGACGUCGACGUGACCAUCGCAGCUGCUGCAAAGACUGCUCUGCAGGAAAGCUAUGACGUAGUUGCCGGCGUGUUUGGCUCUCGCAGCAAGGAAGGCCUUCUCGAUGGUGAUUUUGACAGCGUCUCUGUCUGGGAUUGGGAUAUGGAAGAUCACCUCUUCCUCGGCGAUGUCGAUUUGAUUUAG